GGCGUCUGAUGAUACGGCCUGUGUCUCCAGGCCCUGCCGCCAAUGGCCUCGCCGCGGACCUACGCCACGACGCAGGGAGGGCCGACCCAGAAACCCAGGGAAACCAAAACAAAGCGAGCGAGCGCCCAGCCCCGGCGACGAGGAAGCCAACGCGGCGGGCCAAGCGGCGGCGACGAGGGAAGGGCCCCACAGCCCGCAAGGGCGCCGCGACGCGCGGCCGCCAGGCUGCUCACGGGCUGCGCCGCCGCUUCUCGCUGUCGAUCCUGGCCUGGACUAGGGCCCUCCAGUCAGGCCCGAGCCUGAAGGAGACGUACUCGUCGAGCUGAGCCUCCGAGAGGCCGUCCAGCCAUUCCUCCGCCUGCUGGAGUUUGUCCUUCGGCUUGAGCUUGCCCUUGCCCUUAUUCUUAUCCUUGCGCUUGUCCUUGCCCUUGUCAGAGACAUCAGGCCAGGGGUCCAGCACCCCUGGGGCCGUCAGACACGAGCUCAAACGCAACGCUUGGGGACCGGCGCCUAUGCCCUUGCCGACGAGGUUAAAGUCCGAGCCCUUAGCUGAAUCAGGAUUUGCCCCUAUGGGCUGAGAGACGUCAGGCUCGAAAUAAUCAGAACUUGCCCCAAUGGGCUUGCUGAUGAGAGAAGCGCCGAUGCGCAGAGAUGCGCGGCAACCCGCUGCUUGAGAGUCAAGACCAUCACAGCUGACGACGCCCUCGUUGUACAUGUCCUCGUAGAAGUCCUCGAAGCUCUUCGGCUGGUUCUCCAGGUACAUCAUCUCGGCGAUCGCGUCCUGGUGAUCAAGCUCGCUCUGGAACACCACUGGCUCUAUGCCUGCAUCUCGCCCGUCAUCCUCCUGAUGUUCUGGAGCUCGUUCUGGCGCUGCAGCAACGCCUUGAACAGCAGAGACCUCGCCACCAACCUGCUCGAGCUGGUCGCCAGUCUCUUCAGGAACCAUCCCCGACCCUGCCACGGCCGGUGCAUGAAUCUUGAGCCCAUCUGGUCGGUCGAGCUCGUUGCCGUAGAAGUCAAAGAGCGCCCUGACCUCCUGCCCAUCGCGAGCUCCUAUGAAGUACUGCACUCCAACCUGCUGACAAUCAGUGUCGUACCACUGGUGCAGGCCGUCCUUGUUUAGUAGCAUGCGGCUGUCCUCCCCGAGCGCGUAGGGGAAUAACUCCACCGCAUUGACACGCAGCGCGCUGUCGCUGGUGCUGUCGAUCAGCUUCGGGUGCUUCGUGACAGUGCCGAUCAAGCCGACCUCCUGGUCCAGCGAUUCUUGCGCGCUGCCUGCUUCCACGGUGGUGGGGCAGGCGCGCCCUCCUCGUUGAAGUUCUCCAGCUCCUCCCGGGGGUCCUCUUCCGUGUCCUCCGUGAACUGGUAAAGGUGCGACAACUCCUCCAGCUGCCUCCUGUGCAGGUACUGCGUCUCCACAAGCGCGUCGGCCUGACACAUGUUGCAGGUCCUCCUGAAACCGAAAUUGGCGUACUGGCACUCCUCGCACUUCCAGAUCGCCACCCGUGUAGUGAACCGCCGGUGCAUCUCUUGCGUUGGCCUCCACGGCCUGCGUUUCUUCAAUGCCUUCUCCUCCUCGGGCUGCGGCAGCUUGGGGAGCGCGGCCUCUUCCUCGGCAGCUCCUUCUGCACAACCUCCGUCACCGGGUGCUUCGAGAUGUCCUCGUUGAUGCUCAGCUGCAGCAUCGCGUGGGUGACCUCCGAUAGUCCAGCCUUCCGUAGCGCCUCGCCCAGGCCUGGCCAGUCGUCGAUCACCACCUCCUCCUUCUGAGCGGACGCCAUGACCUUCCCCUGACGACUCAUGCUGUCCUCCCAGUUGAGGUCCGAGGCCAUGGGCAAGCUCUUGUUCUUGACCCGCACCUCGAACGCCCUCCUGUUGGCCUCGAUGGCCUUCCUCGAAGCCGCACGGGUGGCCGCUGAACUCCACGAUGAGCUCUGUGGGGCCAACCUUGCGGGCGAGGGCUGCGAUCUGGUCCUGGAACUCUCCAUUGAUGCUGUCUCCCG